GAAAAUGGCAACGCAACAAAUAUGUUGGUGUUUCACUUGUUGGAAAGACGAUUGCCAUAAUGGGAUUUGGUAAAGUCGGAUCGGAAGUUGCUCGACGGGCCAAAGGGCUGGGGAUGCAUGUUAUUGCACAUGAUCCAUAUGCCGCUGCUGAUCGUGCACACGCAAUGGGAGUGGAACUCGUGACAUUCGAUGAAGCAAUAGCAAUGGCUGAUUUCAUCUCACUUCACAUGCCCCUUACUCCUUCCACCAAUAAGCUUUUCAACGAUGAAACUUUUGCAAAGAUGAAGAAAGGAGUACGUAUAAUUAAUGUUGCUCGAGGCGGAGUGAUUGAUGAAGAAGCUCUUUUGAGAGCAUUAGAUGCGGGGAUUGUCGCGCAGGCAGCUCUUGAUGUUUUCACUGAAGAACCUCCAUCACCUGAAUAUAAAUUGGUUCUACAUGAAAAUGUAACUGUUACACCACACCUUGGUGCAAGCACCGCUGAAGCGCAGGAGGGAGUUGCGAUCGAAAUUGCUGAAGCUGUUGUUGGAGCGCUGAAGGGCGAGCUCGCUGCUACUGCAGUUAACGCACCAAUGGUCCCAGCUGAGGUUAUGGCAGAGCUGACACCAUAUGUCGUUCUGGCCGAAAAACUUGGUCGGCUGGCGGUGCAGCUAUUGACAGGCGGCGGAGGAGUUAAAACAGUAAAAUUGAGCUAUGCGUCUGCAAGAGCUCCUGAUGAUCUCGACACGAGAUUGAUCCGAGCCAUGAUCAUCAAAGGUCUAAUUGAGCCUGUAUCCAGUAUUUUCGUGAACCUAGUCAAUGCUGAUUUCGCUGCCAAACAACGUGGCGUUCGGAUCACUGAAGAGAGAAUUUUGCUCGACGGCUCGCCCGAGAGUCCCCUCGAUUUCAUUCAGGUUCAGAUCGCCAACGUCGAGUCUAAAUUCGCCAGCGCAAUAUCGGAGACCGGCGAGAUCACCGUGGAAGGGAGAGUGAAGAAUGGGAUUCCUUAUCUGACCAAAAUAGGCUCUUUUCACGUAGAUGUGAGCCUGGAAGGAAGCAUCAUAUUGUGCAGGCAGAUUGAUCAGCCCGGUAUGAUCGGCGCGGUCGGAGGCAUUCUCGGCGAGCAGAGUAUUAAUGUGAGCUUCAUGAGCGUGGGAAGGAUUGCGCCUCGGAAGCACGCCAUCAUGGCCAUCGGCAUUGAUCAAGAACCCAGCAGAGAAACGCUUAGGCAGAUUGGAGAGAUUCCUGCCAUUGAAGAGCUUGUUUUUCUUAAGCUGUAGGGUUAUGAGUGUGACAGAGCUUCAGUGAUGUUGCGUUUCUGGCGCUCCAGUUCUUGGAUAUUAGAGGCUGGCUGAUCUUUAGCUGAGAUUACAGACACUUUUGCGUUAUGCUACUAUUUCAUUUUAUAUCAAAAUAUGAAAUGAUAAAAAUUUAUUUUGUGCGUAAAUAUAUUUGCAGAGAAUUAUUUUCUUCAGAGGUCCUGCUUUAUUAUAGAAAAUAUUGUAUACGGCAGAU